UGAUCCAAUUCUGUUACAGAGCGAUCACAUGUUAAUUUUUGUUGAUAUAUAUAAGUAUGUAAAUUUUAAAAUAUAUAAAAAAUUGUUUAUUAAUAUGAGUAUAAUAAACGGUAGUACAAAUAUUUUUCCAAUUAAAAAUUAGCAAAAAAAAAAAAAAUACUUUGUGUUUCUUUUUUGUUUUUGCCUGACAAUCUAACCUCAAAAAAAAAAGAAAUUUACGCAAGAUUCGCACAUGUAAAUAUUUUAGUGACGUUAAAAAUAUAGUAAUUGCCUUUGUUAAAUACUAAUAUUUACUGAAUUAGUAACAAUGGGAAAACCACAUCAAGGAAAAGAUUCUAAAGGUAAAAAGAAAUUAUCUUGGUCAUAUCGAAAUAAAAAAAAACGAUUGGGAAAAUCAACAAAAACAGAAAGUGAAAAUAUUCAAGUGCAGAAUAAAAAAGGAAGAAUCGUUAUUCGUAAUCUUUCAUUCAAGAUAACAGAAGCCGAUGUUAGACGUCUUUAUGAACCCUUUGGCGAAAUUGAAGAAAUCAAUUUACUUCGACGUCCAGAUGGAAAACCAGUGGGUUGUGGUUUUGUUCAAUUUAAAAAAGUAACAGACGCAUCGAAAGCUAUUUUUCAAACCAAUAAACAAGAAUUUUUAGGACGACCAAUAAGCAGUGAUUGGGCAAUAUCAAAGGAAAAAUAUUACGAAAAAGUGAAAAAUGAGGAAGAAUCUGAUAAAAAAUUAGAAAAUAAUGAGAAAAUAAAUGAGGAUCAAGAAGAUGAAGAGAAAAAUAAAAAUGAAGUAGACGAGGAAACGGUGAAAUCAAAAAAACGUAAGAAAAAAGAAAAUCUCUCAAAAGCAGAAGAUAGAAAAUUACACAAAGUUCAAAAACAAAAGAAACGAGCGCGAAUUGUCGUUCGAAAUUUGUCAUUUAAGGCCACAGAGGAGAAUAUAAAAAAUCUUUUCUCAAAAUACGGUAACGUUGAGGAUGUUCAAAUUUUGAAAAAAUCCAAUGGAACACCAGUUGGCUGUGCAUUUGUACAAUUUGAACGCGUACAAAGUGCAGCGCAAGCCAUUCAUUAUUUAAAUUUAAAACCACUUCUCGAUAGGGAAGUUGUCGUUGAUUGGGCAGUACCCAAGAGUAAAUUUAAUACACCAAAGGAAGUGAAGCAUGAGGAAAUUGACAUCACCGACGAUAAGGAAACUGAGACGGAAAUUGGAAAUGACGUUUCUGUUAUUGAAAUAAAAGAAGAAAUAGAAUCUGAUGAUGAGGAAAAAAUGAUAAAAAGUGAAGAUGAAGAUGAAUCUUCAGUGAAGAGUGAAAAAAGUGAUGAUGAAGAUGCAGAGGAAGAAGAAGAAGAGGAAGAUGAGGAGGAGGAGGAUGAAGAUGACGAUGAUGAUGAUGAGGAAAAAGAUGAGAAAAAAUUUAAAAUCGAAGAAGAAGAAAAUGAUGAUUCGAGACCACGUAGAGUUUCUAAUGAUGUCAGUGAGGGAAAAACGGUUUUUUUGAAAAAUGUCCCAUUUCAAGCAAAAAAUGAGGAUUUAAAAUAUUGCAUGGAACAAUUUGGACCCGUUUUUUAUGCUUUAGUUUGCGUUGAUCCAUUAACGGAACAUUCGAAAGGAACAGCUUUUGUCAAAUUCCAGAAUGUUGAAGACGCUGAAAAAUGUUUAACAGCUGGAACAGAAUUGAAGAUUUUUGAUCAAAUUUUAGAUCCACAUCGUGCGCUUCAUAAAAAUGAAGUGGCUGAAAGAAAGAAUUCAAAAUCAGAAAAAGUCAAGGACUCGAGAAAUUUGUAUCUAGUCAAAGAAGGAGUAAUUCUUGCUCGUCAUCCGGCGGCAGUCGGUGUAUCGGCUCAAGAUAUUGAGAAACGUUUACAACUUGAACGAUGGAAAUCGCAAAUUUUACGCAAUUUAAAUAUGUUUGUAUCGAGAAUUCGUCUUGUUGUACAAAAUUUACCGCCAACAAUGAAUGAUUCACAAUUAAGGGAAAUUUUCAAAAAACACUCUGGACCAAAUGCAGUCAUAACUGAAGCGCGAGUCAUGAGAAAUUUAAGAAAACCAGAUGCAAAUGGAAUUGGAGAAUCAAAAGAAUAUGGUUUUGUCUCAUUCACUCAACAUGAAAAUGCUUUGAAAGCUUUAAGAAGCAUUAAUAAUAAUCCAAAUAUUUUUUCAAAGCACAAGAGGCCAAUUGUUGCUUUUUCGAUAGAAAAUCGUAUAAUUGUUAAUGCAAAACAGAAACGAUUCAAUAAAAGUCGUGAAAAUAAUCCUCUUUGGACGGGAAAUAAAGAAAAACCCGAAGGACCACCGAGAAAGCGUACAAAAAUUGAAAAAGAACAAAAGUUCAAAAAUACGACUGAUUCUUAUCAGGGAAUUAUGAGUCAACCAACGAAAGUUAAAGGAAAGCCAACAUUUAAAGUUGAAAAACAAGCAGAAUUAUAUAAGGAUCUAAUAAAAAAUAAAAAGAAACAAUCGAAAAUGACAAAGUUUUUGAAGCAGAAAAAACAAAAUGAAGCUCAAUCAAGAAAAGAAAUUAAGCCAAAACAAGGAAAGAAAAAAGUAAAUUCAGAUGAGAAAAAUUUUGCUAAACUUGUCAAUAGCUAUAAGGAAAAACUCGUGAACUCAUUGCAAGUAAAAUCAAAGUGGUAUGACAAUUAAUUAAGAAAAAAAAAAUUAAUAAAUGAGAAAAGAAAAAAAAAUUAUUCAAUUGUUUUAAUUAGAAUUUUUUUGAUUCAUAUUACAAUAUUAAAUUUUUAAGCUAUACAAAAUUUUACAUUAUUUAUGUAAAUAUUUAAUUGUAAAUAUAUAUUUUUCUUUUUUUCCAAA